GAGAGGAAAAGGGGGCCUGGAGGGGGGGGGCACACGUGUCCGUCCAUCUCUCCAGGCGAGGCGGGCCCCUUAUCAGCGACUUCCACUCCUCCCAAGGGCAAUUUGGAGUUCCUGGCUCCUCUGCCUUUGCCAGCAGCGUCUCGACACCGGCACAAAAAGAGUGUGCCACAGUGCUCAAAGCAGAAGCGGACUUUGCACACAGAAGGUCCCAGGUUCGGUCCCGGCUGGGCGGCAAUGACAAGGACCCCGAUUCCACGUUUGGAGGAGAUGUUCCGUGGGCUCGAUUAGGCUUCUGCAAACUCAGUGAUGGCGCCCGUCGGGGGAGCCCCCGAGACGCCCCGCCUCCUGUGACGUGGGUGAUGAAGGGAAGCUGUUGCCCGCCGAGAGCCCUGGCCCUGAGGAUCCCACGCGGUCUUGGAGCGGCUCACUGAACGACGCACGGGGGAAGGCCCGGAACACGAUGAACAAACUGAACUUCCACAAUAACAGAGUCAUGCAAGACCGCCGCAGCGUCUGUAUUUUCCUCCCCAACGACGACUCCCUCAAUAUCAUCAUCAACGUUAAAAUUCUGUGCCACGAACUGCUCGUCCAGGUGUGUGACCUGCUCCGGCUGAAAGACUGUCACCUUUUCGGACUCAGCGUCAUCCAGAACAAUGAGCACGUCUACAUGGAGUUGUCCCAGAAGCUCUACAAAUACUGUCCGAAAGAGUGGAAGAAGGAAGCGAGCAAGGGUAUCGACCAGUUUGGCCCCCCGAUGAUCAUCCACUUCCGCGUGCAAUAUUAUGUGGAAAACGGCAGGCUGAUCAGCGACAGAACCGCCCGCUACUAUUAUUACUGGCACUUGAGGAAGCAGGUCCUCCGUUCCCAGUGCGUGCUGCGCGAGGAGGCCUACUUCCUGUUGGCGGCCUUCGCGCUGCAGGCGGACCUCGGCAGCUUCAGAAGGAACAAGCACUUCGGGAAAUACUUUGAGCCGGAGUCGUACUUCCCUGCCUGGGUGGUCGCGAAGAGAGGGAAGGAGUACAUCCUGAAGCACAUCCCCAUCAUGCACAAGGACCAGUGCGCGCUGAGCGCCUCCGAAGCCCACCUGAAGUACAUCAAGGAGGCCGUGCGGCUGGACGACGUGGCCGUGCAUUACUACCGGCUGUACAAGGAUAAAAAAGAAAUCGAGGCCUCUCUGACUCUGGGGCUCACGACACGGGGCAUACAGAUAUUUCAGAACGUCAACACUGAAAAGCAGCUGCUUUUCGACUUCCCCUGGACGAAUGUCGGGAAGCUCGUCUUUGUGGGGAAGAGGUUCGAGAUCCUCCCGGAUGGCUUGCCCUCGGCCCGCAAGCUCACCUAUUACACGGGCUGCCCGAUGCGCUCCCGGCACCUCCUGCAGCUCCUGAGCAGCAGCCACCGCCUCUACAUGAACCUGCAGCCCGUCCUGCGGCAGAUCCGGAAGCUGGAGGAGAACGAAGAGAAGAAGCAGUACCGGGAGUCCUACAUCAGCGACGCCCUGGACCUCGACAUGGACCAGCUGGAGAAGCGGUCGCGGGCCAGCGGGAGCAGCUCCGGCAGCGUGAGGCACAAGCGCCUCUCCCGCCACUCCACCGCCAGCCACGGCAGCUCCCACACCUCCGGGAUCGAGGCCGACCCCAAGCCCCGGGACCGCGGGGCGGAGGACGACUUCCUGCCCGCCGCCAUCCACCGCAAGCUGAGAGCCUGCAGCUCCAUGACUAGCCACGGCAGCUCCCACACCUCCGGCGUGGAGAGCGGGGAGAAGGAGCGGCUGGAGGAGGACUCCCAAGACGACGAAAUAGAAAUGUUGGUUGAUGACCCGCGAGACCUCGACCCAACGAGCGAAACGUCUCUGGAAGACAUCAGCCCCGACGUCUGCAUUUAUAUCACGGAGGACAUGCUGAUGGCAAGAAAGUUUAACGGGCACUCAGGAUUGGUCGUCAAAGAAGUCAGUUCGUCGACUUCGAGCUCCUCGGAGACGGUCGUGAAGCUUCGUGGCCAAAGCAUCGAUUCAUUGCCACAGACGGUCUGCCGAAAGCCAAAGACCUCCACCGACCGGCACAGCUUGAGCCUGGACGACAUCCGGCUGUACCAAAAGGACUUCCUGCGCCUGGCCACCCUCUGCCAGGAGACGGCCCAGAGCUACACGUUUGGCUGCGGCCACGGACUGGCGGAGGAAGGCCUCUAUUGCAACGGCUGCCUGGCUCGGCAGUGCGUCAACAUCCAGGACGCCUUCCCCGUCAAGAGAACCAGCAAAUACUUCUCCCUGGAUCUCGCCCACGAAGAAGUGCCAGAGUUUGUCGUCUGAUGCCACCGCCUUCUCGAGGGCCGCUUCUGAGACGGUUGCUCUAAGAAGACAGCCUGAGGGCCCCAUUGUGGUUUCCUCGUGCUCUUUUUCUUUCUUUUUCUUUUUUUUUUUUGGUGCCAUAGAGGAUUUCUCCCCUCCCGUGUCUUUUCUCUUGGGUACUUAAACGUCAAGGCCUCGUCCAUCACGGCACUGUUACGGACCCCCUUCGCAGGGACGGAGCCAUUUUUCGUGCCGUGUGGCAGAAUUUGACCCGGGUUUAAAUUGGUUGGAUUUAGAAGGAAAGGGUCUCUUCCUUUGAAUGCAACUCGUUCACCGUUCCCUCGGGUUUUCUGACCAAAAGGCGUAGAACGUGGGUAACGUUUUCAGUUUUCCCUUUCCACCUCGUGGAAGCCCUCGACGUUUUUCAGCACUUCGGAUGUUCUCGCGACUUGCAUCGCCACGCGAGGGUUUUCGUUUGUUUUCGCGCUUUGAUUUCGGCCAUCGUGGCGGGGACAGUAAAAGUAACAAUGUCCCGAUUGUUUGGGGGAGGGGGGUCCCCUCUUCUGUGUUGCGUCAAGCCAAAGAAACUCCGCACAUCCCAAAGGGACAACAUCGGGACGACGGAGUGGGCAAGAACCGAACGAAAGGACGCUCUACGGUGGUCGGUGACAGCCAAAGGUUGCACUACAAUCAGCCCAUCUUGCGUUGUCUGUUCUGCCAAAAAACAAACCGGACGCGGGCCAUGAUCCGAGUGGAUCCUUCUCCGUCGGAUUGUUUUGUGUAAAGUUUACAGGAAAGUGGGUGUUUCAAAAAAUGA